AGAAUAGUAAAAGGAUAAAGGUUUAGAGAAGAAGGUCAUCAAAUUUUCAAAAUCAUACGGUUCAAAUUGGUCACCAGGUUAAAUCAACGGUUUAUAUGUAGGGUCGAGAUGAGCUAGCAAUAAUCUAUUCCUUUGAUCGGUGAGAGAGAUUAUAAAAGUAGGUUUCUUUUGGUUAUUAUCUAUCACGAGAGAAGUCACAAAAAUACGCGGUAGAUAUAGAUAAAAAGCGCGGUGGAGUUUGGGAAGGAGGAGCUUUUUGGAUAACGUCUUUUCCCCGUCGUUGUCGGUGACGGAGCUUAUGCCUAUUGGCCCUUAAGGUUACAUUAAGCUAGUGGAUUUGCUUCUUUUUGAGAUAUGGAACUAGAUUACAUCUCUUCUUCUGGCUGCUACCACUUUCCGGUUUUCUCACUGCAAGAAGCACUCGAUUUACGGUUUCUUGCUCGUUCACACUUCCUUGUUGCCUCUUUCGGGAACUGCACUUAGUCAACUUCUGCACUUCUUGCGAGUCAGGACUGAUGUCUGCAAGUUAUCAUUCCUUCGCAUAGGCCUAGAAUCUCUCAUCUAAACCCUGGUCCCUAGAGUCUAAAAAAAAAAAUCCUGUUUCCAUAUCUGGUUCUCGUAGAGGAGCUGACUGAACAAGGAUGUGUCAGUUUCUUUUCAAGUUUUUGACAUGUCGUGGCUUUGAUAGUAUUCUCCUCUGAGUCUCCGAACCCCUUGAGUCAAUUGUGGGCUUCUUACACUCAUCAACAUUCCUACUUUUUGGUUCAUUGAGUCUUCCAGUUCUCAGUAUGUUUUGUCUUCUUCUCUUGGUUUCUUUCUUUUCCCUUGAUGGUCAACCAAUUGAAGAUUUUCAUAGUAAAUAACGGCCAGCCUACCCAGCGGGAGAAUCUUCGAGUUCUAGUGCCAUACUAAGAGUGGAGUUAUAGAAAUACUUCAGUUCUCUAGAGAGAAAAAACCAAAGAAGAUACUUUACUUUACUGUAAAGGCGAUGGAGAGGUAUAAUUUAAUCAAAGAAGUUGGUGAUGGAACGUUUGGGAAUGUUUGGCGAGCUGUCAAUAAACAGACGGGUGAAGUUGUUGCGAUCAAAAAGAUGAAGAAAAAGUAUUACUCUUGGGAAGAAUGUAUUAAUCUGAGAGAAGUGAAGUCGCUUAGCAGAAUGAACCAUCCAAACAUUGUGAAGCUGAAGGGAGUCAUCCGAGAAAAUGAUAUUCUAUACUUUGUGUUCGAGUACAUGGAGUGCAAUCUUUACCAGCUUAUGAAGGAUCGCCCUAAGCUAUUCGCAGAAUCUGAUAUCCGAAAUUGGUGCUUUCAAGUCUUUCAAGGCCUUUCUUACAUGCAUCAGCGUGGAUACUUCCACCGAGAUCUUAAGCCAGAAAAUCUAUUAGUCUCUAAAGAUGUUAUUAAGAUUGCUGAUCUUGGCUUGGCUCGGGAGAUUAACUCAAGUCCACCUUAUACAGAGUAUGUCUCUACACGCUGGUACAGAGCACCUGAAGUACUGCUACGGUCAUAUGUAUACACAUCAAAAGUUGAUAUGUGGGCAAUGGGCGCUAUUCUGGCUGAGCUGUUGUCUCUUCGCCCUCUUUUUCCUGGAGCUAGUGAAGCAGAUGAGAUAUACAAAAUCUGCAGUGUGAUAGGCAGCCCAACUGAACAGACAUGGUUGGAGGGUCUUAAUCUUGCUAGCGUAAUCAAUUACCAAUUCCCUCGGCUUUCCGGUGUACCCCUUUCAAGCUUGAUGCCGUAUGCUAGUGCAGAAGCGGUUAACCUUGUCGAGCGCCUCUGCUCGUGGGAUCCCAGCAAUAGGCCGACGGCUGCAGAGGCUUUGCAGCAUCCGUUCUUCCAGAGUUGCUACUAUGUUCCACCAUCUCUCCGUGCCAAACAAUCUGCUGGACAGAGAGGGACUCUCGAGCAUCAGCAGCAAUACGUGAAGAGGUUGCCAGCGGCUUUGACCAAUACUGCUAAUAAUAAUAAGCCAUAUAACAGUUAUGCUGCUGCAAAGGCGAAUGCUCCUUCGUUUGGCGCUUGUCAGACCCAGCGGAAGCUGGAGAUGCAUAAUAAGAUUAUUAACCAUGACACAAGAUGGAACAACAAAGCUGUCGGAAGUUAUCAUGUUAGAGAUGCUAGGUAUAUACCACCGCCUGGAAGGAAGAGUCCUUCAUCGAUGAAGAAUUGGGUCUUUCCUCGUGGGCCAUCAGAGACUGCAAGUAAACAGGCAAAUGGAGCGGUGGGGGAAGGAAGAUGGAGUCAAAGUCAAAGUCAAAAGCCGGCAAUGAAGGCAGGGUGGGUGGGAGAAAGUGGUGAAAUGUUCCUCAGACCUAUACAGCCUCCAAAUCCCUACUCUAGGAGAAUCGCUGGUUAAAACCUAAAGGGUGACUCGCUCUAUAAGUUAAUCUUCGGAGUCAUCGUCAUCUUUUUUAUCAUCAUCGUCUACUACCCGAGAGAGUCCAUGGUCGUCUACUACCAGCAGUGGUUUGCUUUUGUUUGAUUUCCUUUUCAAAAAAAACUCUCUUGCUUGUGCAAUGGAGCUACUUCAGCCUGUACAGGUUUUAAUGUUUCUGUCAUGGUUUGACUCUGUAUAUUUUUCUUUUUCUUUUCGCAAUAAUGCGUACGACGAUGGACCAAACCCUGUUUUCAUCAACUUGAUGAUAUAUUAAACAAUGUUAGUGGUUUGCCAUACAAA